UAUUUAUAAUAUUAAUAAACUUAAAUAAAAAGUUAUAAAUAUUUAGACUCUUAUCAAAUGCUGCGCCCGCAUGGUAAUUAUCGGUUCCUACUACAAUAUGUUAAACCACUAAUUGACAAAAAGCUUCUAGAUGAUUUGUCAAUGGUACAUACUAGAAUCCCAUUGUGACAAUCGAACUGAACUCUCAAACAUUAAACAGUGUUUUCUUUUCGUCUUUGAACAAAACACUUCUCUUAAAUUAAAGGGAAAGGUCUAGGAAAAGGCUAAAUUGGGUCUGUAAUUGGCUUGUGACUUGUGACGGAAGAGCAUAUGUCACUUUUUAUCUGCAUUUUGGUCUUUGUACCUUGCCCUGUUCUGUACGUUGCAUCUCAAGAAAUUGGGAACCACACACAGGUCCCCACCACUUUUUGGUUGAUUGGAUUUUGUCUCUCAAUAUAAUUACGUUAGUCCUUCCUUAUGUUACAAACUCUGCUUCAACCAAAACAAGUAAUCGAUCACGGGCUAAAGCUUUUGCUAUUUGCUAUACGUGAUUUUGUAGAAGCAUUGAAUCAUAAAGGAGGACUAUAUAAGAGACUAUUCUCACAUCUAGGAUCACGACCUUAUACAUAAAAACAACUUCAAUAAUUAAGUUAAAGGAUUGCUUUACCAAAACAAUUGAAAAAGAGAUUGUUCUUGGAGGACAAGCUAGUCUUAUGCACUUUCAAAAAAAAUCACAAAGUAAUUCCACGUAUAUAUAAAGUGAGCGACUCAGCUGGUGCCGUGUAGAUGCAUUAAACACUCCUGCAAUUAUUCAACCCAUGAGUACGACUGAAAAGAACCACGCUAGCUUUACUUCCACUUUUAUCUUCAGCCACCACACACACCUUUCUUUGCUUCUUCCAAAGCAUUUUCACAAAAUGGAUCAGCUUCAUUUUUUCUUCUUUCCCAUGAUGUCUCAAGGCCACAUGAUUCCUGCACUAGACAUGGCCAAGCUCAUUGCUUCUCGUGGUGUUAAGGCCACCAUAAUCACUACCCCUCUCAAUGAAUUUGUUUUCUCCAAAGCUAUUCAAAGAAACAAACACUUGGGUAUCGAAAUCGACAUCCGUUUGAUUAAAUUCCCAGCUCUGGAGAACGACUUGCCUGAAGAUUGCGAGCGCCUUGAUCGCCUUCCUUCUGAUGACAAACUCGCAAAUUUCUUCAAAGCUGCAGCUAUGAUGAAAGAACCACUAGAGCAGCUUAUUGAGGAAUGUCGCCCAAAUUGUCUUGUUACUGAUAUGUUCCUUCCUUGGACUACUGAUUCUGCUGCCAGAUUUAACAUUCCUAGAAUUGUUUUCCACGGCACUAGCUAUUUUGCACAGUGUGUCGGAGCCAGCAUCAAGCGUAACAAGCCUUUCAACAAUGUGUCUUCUGAUUCUGAAACUUUUCUGGUAGCAGAUUUGCCUCAUGAAAUCAAGCUGACUAGAACGCAAUUGUCUCCGUUUGAGCAGUCGGACGAAGAGUCAAUUAUGUCCCAGAUGAUAAAAGCGGUCAGGGAAUCAGAUUCAAAGAGCUAUGGAGCAGUUUUCAACAGCUUCGAUGAGCUUGAACCGGAUUAUGUUGAACACUAUACCAAGGUUUUUGGUAUAAAGAGUUGGGCUAUUGGCCCGCUUUCGUUGUGCAACAGGGACAUUGAAGAUAAAGCUGAAAGAGGGAAUAAAUCCUCUAUUGAUAAACAUGAGUGCUUGAAAUGGCUUGAUUCGAAGAAACCUCGUUCCAUUGUUUACGUCUGUUUUGGAAGUGUAGCAAAAUUCACUACAUCACAGAUGCAAGAACUCGCUAUGGGACUUGAAGCUUCUGGACAGGAUUUCAUUUGGGUUUUUAGGAGAGACAAUGAAGAUUGGUUGCCUGAAGGAUUCGAAGAAAGAACGAAAGGAAAAGGAUUAAUCAUAAGAGGAUGGGCACCCCAAGUGCUAAUUCUUGAUCACGAAUCUGUUGGAGCUUUCGUGACUCAUUGUGGAUGGAACUCGACGCUUGAAGGAGUCUCUGCAGGGGUCCCAAUGGUGACAUGGCCAGUGUUUGCUGAGCAAUUUUUCAACGAGAAGUUGGUAACUGAGGUUAUGAGAACUGGGGCUGGGGUUGGUUCGAUGCAGUGGAAGAGAUCAGCUAGUGAAGGAGUGAAAAGAGAAGAAAUAGCAAAGACAAUAAAGAGAGUGAUGGUGAGCGAAGAAGCAGAAGGAUUCAGAAGCAGCGCUAAAGCGUACAAGGAGAUGGCAAGACAAGCUAUUGAAAGAGGAGGAUCAUCUUACACUGGAUUGACUGCUUUGCUUCAAGAUAUAAGUUCAUAUAGUUCCACAGCUCAUUAAGUAAUACUAGUAGUGAUUUAAAAAACUAGUAUGGUUUCGAUACCAGUAUGUUCGUACGUUUUCUGUGCAAAUUUAAGCAUUACCUUUUGACAUUAAAA